CCCUGUCUCAGCGUGUCACAAAUUCUCGACACCACCCCCCCCAAACCCCCACCCCAGAUCCCUGGGCUUGACGUAAUUGUAAUUUGCGAGUGACCCCUUACUCACUCAAAAAAAGGUUGCCAGCCGGCCAUAUGCCAGGAAUACGUAUAAAUUGGCAGCCUGUCCUAAUGAUGUAAUCACGAGUAUGUCUAUUUACAGGGCUGAACUUUCCAGGAAAAUGCGACAAACUCUUUAAGAGUUAUACCUUUUUUUUUUAAUGUGCAACUUGAACUUGAUAAUAUAAAGUUUAAGGAUAUUUGUUUUUAUCUAAACUAAGUAGCAAUAAAUAUAUUAAUGCACACUGACAUGACAUGACAUGACUAAUGACUUUUUACAAUUAAACACUUUAAAUACAUGAUGUUUGGUCAUUUUUAUUUCAUGAGAUAACUUUAUUCAAUCAUUAUGAUUCUCUUAUUUGUAAAUGUGCUCUUCUGCCAUCGAAGUGUGUCACUGUGUAAAGUGCACACACACACACACUCACAAACACAACAUAUCAAAACAAAAUUGUCAGAUCGUCCGCAAGGUAUUCCCUGUAAUCUAUUUUAAGAAACUUAUUACUCUGAAACUUACUGAAAGCGAUGAUAAUUUUACCCUUUUGGGAAAACCCAAUAUAGAUUUUCCCCAUAGGUUUAAAGAAUAUAUGCAACCCCCCCUAUAUUCAAACAACCCUAUAUAGUUUGUUUAGUGCCAAAUUUCAAUUCAAUGGUCGAAUCGUUAGGUAACGAAAAUCUAUACACGACAUGAUCACAAUCAUUACUAGCAUGUGUGUUACUCCAUGUGUUUUUCUCCAUGUGUGUAACAAAAUGCGCUAAGGCCAAUCUGACGACACUGACACUUGUUACUGUUACAUUUGUGAAACUGGUGUGUUGAUGGGCGGUGAACUUCAACUGACUGAUAUUGAUACACAAGUUAUAAAUAAAUCAAACCAGGUAAGAUUAUUUAUUAACUUAAGCUUACUGGGAGAACACUAGAUCUAAAUCAUACCUGUGUGAACUGUAUUAUAUAGGUAUUUAUAUUUUGAGGGUAGGUAAGCCUCAUAUUAUUGUACUGUUUGUACUGCUUUGUGAUGCUUUUCUUUAAACCUGAUAAUAAAUUAUCAUUUUUUAUUGUAAUGUACAACUUUUUCAAGAUAGAUCACAAAGACAAAAUUGAAAAAGACAUCAGCUUUAGUUCGAACAAUUCAAAUCGCCCACGUUAUGCACCCGAGAGAAUAAGAAUCUUGAAAGGGGGUCUUGUCAAAAGAAAUCGCGGUGUGAGGUCAUAAAAUAUAUCCGGGUCAAGUUUUAAAGUUUGGAAUUGAUGUUGUGACGUCAUUCUUUGUUUUGUUUUUUUUAACGUCAUCCAAAAUAGUCAAGAAUCCAUGCCUGACGUCAAGCGUGAACACUUUGCUCCAAGUAGAACAUACUGAGUGUAUCGAUUAUGAUUCCAGCGUUAACCUUUGUAUUCUACAUGAAUUUCACCUGUUAGCUUAGAUAAAGGCAACUUUAACGCAUUUUAAAGUAUAAACUGUGAAAAAAAUUGCAACUCAAUUAUCAUAAUACAGAAACUUUAGAUUAGAAUUAUAUGUUUUCAUCUUGACUUCCCAGUCUAGAUUUAAAAACGCAUAAAAUUGUAAGUUUUUGUUAUGAGAUAUUUCUGUUUUCUGUCCAGAUACUGAUAUGGAAUUUCCCAACUAUUUGAGAGAAGCCAGCCAAAUGGGUCUAACGAAAGAUGAACUUUUACGAGUCUGGGAGACUGAAACUCAGAUUGAACGAAUCAAAGUGGAAACACGUUUACUGGAGACCCAGUUACGGAAGAGUGACAUUAAUGAGGUCAGAAACUAUCAGAGUUAGGUCAGAACUAUAUUCAUUAAUGGCCAAGAAAAUAUUACCAUAAUAUAACUAUAAUAUGAUUAUGGCACAGAACUUCUAUCUUAUUGGAGAUUCUUGAAUAUUUGUCAGUACUCAUUGAACAGAGUAUCCAUGGAGCUUCUUUGAGGAAUUGGUGGGAUAAGUACGAGGAGUGGAUGGGAUAAGUAGGGGGAGUUGAUGGGAUGAAUUAAAGACCCAUCUCGCUGUAUCCUUAAAAGUAUAUUAAAUAGGAGCAGUAGUCAUUACAUUGUGAUCACACCCCAGUAUAAACAUAAGAUCAUACUAGUCAGUGACAUUGUGGUCAGACGCCAGUGUAAACCUGAGAUCAUACUAGUCAGUGACAUUGUGGUCAGACUCCAGUGUAAACCUGAGAUCAUACUAGUCAGUGACAUUGUGAUCAGACUCCAGUGUAAACCUAAGAUCAUACUAGUCAGUGAUAUUGUGAUCAGACUUCAGUGUAAACCUGAGGCCUGAGAUCAUACUAGUCAGUGACAUUGUGAUCAGACUCCUGUGUAAGCCUGAGGCCUGAGAUCAUACUAGUCAGUGAUAUUGUGAUCAGACUCCAGUAUAAACCUGAGAUCAUAUUCUAGAUUUGACGUCAUCAAAAAUAUUUACAUGGAAUGUGCGAUGAAAGCCUUAUACGUAUACUUACCUGUUUAAUCCUUGUGUUGGUGUUGAUUAUUUACUCGGAGUCGGGGUAAAACGAGGUCUGUGUCCAUCAGCCAUUUCUGUUUCUAAAACAAUGGUGCGCUCUUAAAAUAAUUUAAAAUACAAUUUUUUUUUCCAGGAUUCAUUUCCUUUACUAUUAUUGAAUUCUGACACGAUUGUUCCGAGUUGGAGUACAAAAUAAUGUUCUGAGGCUCAACACUUUUGUUUACCAUAUUACAACUAAAACUGAGUUCUAUCUUUGUGUGGUUCUCCUUAAAACUGAGUUCUAUCUUUCUAUGGUUCUCCUUAACUGAGUUCUAUCUUUGUAUGGUUCUCCUUAACUGAGUUCUAUCUUUGUAUGAUUCUCCCUAAAACUGAGUUCUAUCUUUGUAUGAUUCUCCUUAAAACUGAGUUCUAUCUUUGAAUGGUUCGAUGACUAUUUCUUUGUAUAGUUCUCAUUAAUACUGAGCUGUGUAUGAUGCUCAAUAAAAACUGAUUUCCAUCUUUGUGCAUUGCAAAAUAAAAGCUGAGUUCUGACUUUGCAUGUUGUUCAUUCAAACUGACCUCCGUCUUUGUUUUUGUUGCUCAGGUCUCAAGAUCCAACCUAGAAGAUAAGUUGACUGUUGUUGAUAACUUAAUGCCAGCACUACAGCAGCUUCUUCGGGAACUUAUUUCCUUAAAACAAGAGCUUAAAUCUCAAAGACAGUUGCAAGAGAAUAACCUGAACGCAGUCGUGGCGACACAGUUCAAAUUAGAAGAGCUAAGGGCCAGUUUAAACAAUGAAAUGCAUUUUCUUCAGCAAGAAACACAACAAAAUGUACAACACUACGGGCGUUUGCUGGAUGAGUUCGCCAACCUGAAGAGAUUUAUAGCAGAAGAAAAUGAAACAAAGUUUGAAUCUAUGAAAAACUUCAUAGAUCAGAAAAUAGGUAUUUUAAAUCAUGUGAUCGAAUCAAACGGCGCUGUUAAGACUAGUGAAGAACUUCAAGAUGUCCACUUAAUUCAUUCUAAUGGUCAUGUUAGGAACAGUGACGAAGCCAUGAAACGGGGCACGAGAAGAGCCCCUGUCACACAGCCGACCGAUAAUCAAACUGUAAGGGAAAGUCCAAAUUUUGAAAACGAUGCUGAAUAUGAGCCCCAAGGUGUCAAGGAACAAUGGAAACAAUCUUACAAAACAGUUCCAGCAGAUCAUAAAGUAUAUGACAAGAGCUCAAGUCAAACGCCUAGACCCCCCAAAGGCGCUGUAACUUAUGAUGCAGAAUGUCUGAAGAAGUUUCCAUAUGAACUUUUAGAGGAGCCGAAAUCUGACGGAAAUGAUUUGGCCUGGCAGUUAGUUGGUGAUCCAAACAUAAGAUCAGCCAAUAUUGAAACAGUUACUCCAGAAAUAUCAAAUGAAGCUGACUGGGGGCAAUAUUGGCCCAAUGAAAAUGUAGCGAUGCCUAAUCAAGAACCAAUCACAAACGCACAUUCCCUUGCGGCCGGAGAGACUCAUGGUGUCGUGUACAUUCCUACGAAUAAAGCAGUGUUCAUUAUUCCAAACUGUGGAGCACUUCUUGACAUAGAAAAUAAAGAUUUCUACACAAGCUAUUUGUACACCAGGCCAAAAACUUGCCGUAUACGUAUGCGACUGUGGUUUAACAAACGUGGCCACCUUGGAGUACAGGCGCUCGUAUCUGAAGGCGUUUUUGAUGAAAAUCAUAAAUGGCCUUUGAUCUUCAGUGGGAAUGGGUACAUUCGGAAUCCGGAGUCACGCAAAAAUACCUUAAUCUGGACCGUGGCGCAGCAGGAGUGCAACAGACCCAAACAGGGGGAAGAACUUCCAUUGGGUGCGUCCGUUGUCUUGACAACAAGUCGCGGCGCACACAAUAUAGUGACGCAUGAGCUGUUGGAGAAAAAGCACUACAUCGAAAACAACCUUUUAAAAUUUAGAUGGGAUCUGAAAGCUGAGGAAAUUAUCGCGGAGCCUCGAACUGAGAAUACAGUGGCCUUUGGCAAUGAGCACGACGUCAGCCACGUCAGGUUCUGGUCCAGCUAGGGACACGCCACUUAACUGGCCCACGAGCACGUCUUUACUAGCGUCUGGUGACCGAUUUUUGUAAUAACCCAUGGGUAACAAUAGAUGCUAAACUAUACUUCAGUUUCAUAGUCUUAAGACAAUUAGUCUUAAGAUUGGUUCAUGGACAGUUCGUUUCCGCUGGCAGCAUGAAGCCACCCUUUCAUAAGAUCCACCAUCGUCUCCCUCUGCAUGUCUAUCCCGGAAGAUGGCUGAACCAUUUUGAAACCACACUCAGGAGGAAGUCCGUUUCAAUAAAAGUGACUGAUGUUAUUUUUAGAACUCUUCAUAAAAUGAAUAGGGAUUUUUUUAAAUUUACUUUUGUGAGUGACACAAAAAAAAACAAAAACAAACAAAAACAAUAAAAAACAGACGCGGCCUAUGAUGCAGGAUUUGUUAUUGUUAUUCUUUUUUUUUAAAUGUCUUAAUUAUUUUUUUAAAUAAAUGAUUAUUUUUAAAAUUGUAGGAUCUGUUACUUU